CGUUUCCCUCGAUGAUUGUUUACCAAAAGAGUUCGAGUAACGAUUCUGGGUGCAAUCCAAAUUGCGCGCGCGGUUUCCCUAAUCUUUACACCGUUUCGAGGAGAUUCUUUUGCCAAGGAUGGAUAUUAAUAACAGUUCACCUGCAACUCAUUCCAUAUCGUUCCCGGAUAAGAUUGUAGCGUUCGAGCUUUCCAGCUACGAGUGGUCUCAAAAUCUGCUUUGCGUCGCGCUAGCCGACAAGUUGAUUCUGGGAGUCGUUCGUUUUCCGGAGGAAAGCGAGGCCGAGUGUUUCGAGUGGAAUCAGAUUAAGGAAAUACACCAUGAAAGCCGUUGCCACGCGGUAGCUUUCGCGCCGGAAACGUCCCUGGCCGUGCUUCCGAAGGUGGUCAUAAUUUGUACGGCGGGUGCCGAUUUCAAUCUUCGGAUAUUCAACAGUGACCUGGAGGACAACAACACGGUUCAGAUACUGCAAGGACAUCGCAGCUAUAUCAAUCAGGUCAGCUGGGAUCCGGACGGGGAUUAUCUGGCCUCAUGUGGCGAUGACCAUAUGUGCAUUCUGUGGAAGAUCAAGGAGGACUACACCAAGGGAUCGACGUUCUUCUUCGGGUCGGCUGUGGUUUCGGCCAAGUGGCAUCCGGAUGAACCUGGAAAGGUACUGAUUGCGGAGAAGAGCGGAAUCGUACAUCUGUACAAUGUUGAAUCGAAAGUGGCGAUUUUGUCGGUGGAGAGCAACAAAAAUCCGCUGAACUAUGCCGAUUGGAGUUUGCACAAUUCGGCAUUUGUGGUUGCCCUGGCCGGGGGCGAGCUGGUCUUUUGGGAUUUGAAGAAACCCAGCAGACCGAUAGAGAACAAGAGGAUUCACGAGGACUGUGGACACAUUGUGAAGUUCGCCCCUCAUUCGGAGACGAUUGUGGCCAGCGUGGGCAGACCGAGGACCACGCUUAAGGUGAUUCACGCCAAGAAUCAGGUUCCGCAAAUCGAAGCCCGGUUGCUGUUGUAUGGAGGACUUUGCUGGCAUUAUCAACUGCCAUAUGUGGUGGCUGGACAGGACAGAAAGUUGUGCUUCUGGAAGAUUUCCUCAUAAAUGUUUCGCUAGCUGAAUAAAUUGAUGUUUGCAAGAUA